AUGGGACAAUAUUGGUCAGGUAAGUUAAUUAGACCUCUAUUCCUACCCCUGCCUCUGAUAUCAUAACCCUUACCUUUAGCCCUAGCGCUACCUGUACCCAUACCACUACCCCUACCUCUCCUUCUACUCUUUUACUUUACUCUGCUCAACCCUAUUCGACUCAUCAUUAGCUUCAUCGUAACUUGCCAUAGCUUAAUCGUAACUAGCUCUUGCCCUACCUUAUCUAAUGAAGGUUAUGUAUCCUUCUCCACCCCUACUCUGCGAGCCAUUUUAAAAAAAUUUUUUGAUUUUUCAAAUAUCAAUAGGCUAAAAAAAAUUUAUGCAAAUUUCUCCAAAAUUUAAAAAUUUUUCAAAACACCCUCCCAAACAUUCAAAACUUUUUCAUUUUUACUUUUUUUCAGCGGAAAACGGGUCGGAAAUGAACAGCAGCCCCAUCGACGGCUCGUUGUCGGCCGCGCGCCACGACUUUGACUUCCCCAAACUUCAACUGCAUUAUCACUUGGAUGGCGGGCUCAGAUACACGACAAUACUGGAGUUGGCACAGAACAAGAAAAUCGACUUACAGGGCGCAAAAACAGUGGCAGAGCUGAAGAAGGUGCUGGUCACGAGGAAGCCCGCCACUUUGGCCGAUGUUUUAAAGGCUUUUGCCGUGUUUCUGCCGACUGUCGCGUAAGUUUUUAGAUGUUUUAUGUUGUGAGGGUUGUGAAGAUCGAAACUUUGUUUUGAAAAAUUGUGAGGUAGGGUUAAAAAUGGCAUAAAAGAGGCAUUUUUAGGGUAAAAAAGACGUUUUUUGGGCGAAAAUAAUUAAUUUCUAUAAGAAAAAGAUAGUUUUAAAGCGUUAAAUUGAUUUUAUAGUGAAGAUCCAGCAUCAGCCUAACGUCUAGCUUAAAAUAAUGCAUUUUAAACGGCACAUUGUAGUUAAAAAUGGCAUAAAACAUGCAUUUUUAGGCCAAAAACGGGCGAUUUUCAUCAAAAAGUUGCCAUUUCAAUCUUAAAAAACGUCAUUUUAGUGGAGAUUUAGAAGCAAUCGAACGUGUAGCUUAUGAAGCAUGUGAAGAUCAAGCCAAGGAUGGUGUGAUUUACUUUGAAGGGCGGUACAGUCCACACUUUUUUGCUGGCAUGUCAUUGAAUACGCAACAUCCGGUCAAUGUCGCGCCGGCCGAGGUGGUCAAGGCGGUUCAUCGAGGAUUCGUGAGAGGGGAGAAAGAGUUUGGCAUUAAGGCACGGUCGAUUCUGUGUUGUAUCAGAAGUCACGAUGGGUGGAACAAGGAGGUCAUUACUUUGUGUGAGUUGGUAUACCGUAGUCGUUGGUACUGUUUUGCUAUACCCUACUUUAUCAUUUCAUACCUAAUCUGACACUGCUUUACCUUACCCAGCUCUAUUUUACCUUGACCAACCCUAUUUUACUCUACCCUACUCUACUCUAUCUUACCUUACCCUACCCUCGCCUACUCUUCACUAUUAUUUCAGGUGAAACCAUGAAAGAAUAUGGUGUAGUAGCCAUAGACGUGGCCGGAUGUGCGGGUGGUGCUGACGAAAAGUACGAGCAGUCCGUAAUCGACGCCUUCAAACAAGCCUACAAAGUCGGCAUUCAUCGUACCGUGCACGCCGGCGAAGCCAGUGGAGCCAAGACGGUGGUGCGAGCGGUGGAUGAUAUGCACGCUGAACGAAUCGGGCAUGGCUAUCACCUACUGGACGACCCGGCCGAAUACACGAGGCUGGCGGUAGAAGGCCGGCUACAUUUGGAGGCAUGCCCAUUGAGCUCGGUAAUGACCUCGUCAGUACCGUUAGAGUGGCCAAAACAUCCCAUCAUCAAGUGGGCCAACGACGAUGUCAACUUCUCGUUGAGCACCGACGAUCCGACCGUCUUCGACAACAGUGUACAAAGCGAAUUACAGCUGGUUCAUGGCAGAGUGGGGUUGAUGUGUCAUCAGAUUUGGAAAUGUGUAAGAGUUCGAUAUGUUUUGGGUUGGUUUGGCUAUGGGGAAUGGUGGGGGAGAUCAGGGCCGGGCAUGGCAAACCAAGAUAAGGGAUGGCAAGGCAGGGUGGAACGGGUGUAGCCGUGUGUGGCAGGGGGGAGGGGACAAGACAGAAAGUGGGGUAGAGUAAAGCAAAACAAGGCAGAGCAGGCCGUACAGGGCAUGACGUGGUAAGGCUGGGCAAUCUAAAAUAGGGUAGGAUAAGGUAAGGCAGGGCCGUUAAAAAUAAUAGGGGUAUUAAUGACAUUUUCAAAUUUCAGCAACUGAACGCGGCUGAAUCCUGCUUCCUGGAAGAGCCUUUCAAGUCCGAGCUCAUUAAACGGGUCAAAGACAAGGAGCCAAAGUAA